AUGUCGGACUCGUUCAAGACGCGGACGCUCAAGAGGAAGAAUGUUAAGGGCCUGGCUUUGAAUGCUCCCCCUCCCCGGACAGCGAAUCCUUCUGAAGGAGACUCCCAAAUACCAGGUGCUUUGGGAAACUCCGACAGUGAUCGGACGGACACACUGGAAAUCGGUCUAGAGUUCAAGUUAGAUCUGAAAAGCGAAGAUCUGAUUGUUCUCAAAGAAUUGGGUGCUGGCAAUGGCGGAACUGUCAGUAAAGUCAUGCAUGCCUCGACCAAAGUCAUCAUGGCUAGAAAGGUCAUCAGGGUCGAUGCAAAAGAAAAUGUCCGCAAGCAAAUAGUGAGGGAACUGCAGGUGGGCCAUGACUGUAGUUCGCCCUAUGUUAUCACAUAUUACGGCGCUUUCCAGAACGAAGCUCGUGACAUCGUGCUGUGUAUGGAGUACAUGGACUGCGGAUCGAUGGAUCGUAUAUCGAAAGACUUCGGACCCAUCCGAGUCGAUGUGCUUGGGAAAAUCACCGAAUCCAUCCUAGGUGGUCUAGUCUACCUAUACGAGGCACAUCGCAUCAUGCACCGAGACAUCAAGCCUUCCAACGUCCUGGUGAAUUCUAGGGGCAUGAUCAAGCUGUGUGAUUUCGGCGUUGCAACGGAAACUGUUAACUCGGUUGCCAACACAUUUGUUGGAACCUCGACAUAUAUGGCACCAGAACGAAUUCAAGGUGGUGCGUACUCUAUCAAGUCCGAUGUUUGGAGUGUUGGUCUUACGGUGAUGGAACUGGCUAUUGGAAGAUUUCCAUUCGACGCCAAUGACUCUGCCGCAGGCGACAGAGCUAGUGCUGGGCCCAUGGGGAUCCUCGAUCUGUUGCAAACGAUCGUCCACGAGCCAGCACCGAAACUACCCAAGAGCGAAGCGUUUCCGGCCAUCUUGGAGGACUUCGUGGCUAAGUGCCUACUCAAGAACCCCGACGAAAGACCUACACCGAGGGAGCUCUACGACAGGGACAAUUUUCUGCAAGCGGCCAAGAGAACCCCUGUCGAUUUGCAGGAGUGGGCUGUUUCGAUGAUGGAGAGACACAAUCGGAAAUCAUACCUCGCACCUCCAGCUCCAAAGUCGCUCAAAAGCGACGGCACAAGCUCAGACGCGUCCUACACUGGCACGACCUCGGCCACUUCAACGGCAUCCUUCACAAGCGACAGCCGAGGCACCCCUAUCACUGCAAGACAAAACAAAGGUGCAGUAUCUGGGCAUAUUCCUGUAGCGGGUCCUCAAUAUUCUGCUCAGCACACGCCCACUGGAAUUGUGGAAAAAUCACCUCCGCCGCCCUUGUCUUUACAGCAUCUAUCCUUGGAGACGCGAGAUACGCCUAACGGCUCUGGGUCUCGGGCAUAUCGCCUAGGGUACAACGAACGGGACAAUAUCCCUGAACCUGCUUCGGCCAUCGAAUCCUCCCAGAGACCCUCGUUCCCUCCUAGGACAAGCAGCAACGGGUCUAUCAUCAGCAGCAGAAGCCAUCUGGCAAGUCCACCGCUUUCCUUGCGGCAGCCGCCGCCGACAGGGCCGCUUCCGGCUCCUCCGAUGAAGGACCUGCCCCCACCUCCAAUAUCGCACAGUGCGGGAAUAACUAGUCCGAGGCGCUUGAGGUGA